AUUUCAGUUCAUUUUGCUUCAGCUGACGGUCGUUCAGCCAUAAAAUCAGAAUACCUUCACUUUUUUAAAAUCAAAGAAACAUGAACACUGAACUACGCCAUCUUUAUCCCACUAGCAUCAUUCUUGACACCAUGAAGCAAUCACCGGCAACGGUGUCCGGUGCUACCACAUCAACACUUGACAAGUAUCACAAGGAAAUCGACCCUGCGGGUGAGGAACGUGGAGAGGACGAUGACAUUGACAGCAUUGACAGCACAGGUGUGGAGUCUGACGAUGAAGACGAUUCUGCCAGUGACGAUGAAAGCCACACUGACGGAGAUUCCAACGACUCUGAUGAUUCCUCUUGGGAUGACGGAGAGAACGAGGGAUUGGAAGAAGAACUAACUCUCCUCACUGUCUCAGCUCACUCAAGGUCUGCUCACUCCUCGAGGCCAACUCUCAACACGCAUUCGUCUUCGUUUCGGAGUCUGUCUCCAAAGAGGCCGACUCUGACCGUUCGGUCCGAAUCUCUUCGAUUUGUCCCUGGCGGUGCAAGGCCAACAUUGCAGACGUCGCUUUCCGCACGCAGCCUGUCACCCAGGAGAGUGGGUCGCCGCAACCAAGUACCAGGCAUGGUGGUCACCAGGCUUAGCGCUGCGGUAGAAUCCAAAAAAGAGCAACUGGACAAGCUUCUUCUGGAUGACUCGAGCUGCGGACGUGAAAGCUUCUUCGGUGCGGACACGUCGGCCAAGUCCAUCGAUGAGAGCGAAGCGGUCGACGGGAAAGAGGAUAUUGAAAGCACCCUAACGCAGCUUCAGGCUUCGGUGGGAUCUCUCUACGGACUGUCGGUUGGGACUGACGUCAAGAAGUGCGUUCCCAUUGCCGGCGGAGACCUUGGCUUGGUCGCCCAAGAUGAUCCAAUGGUGCAGAAGUUGUUUGGUGACAAGAGGAAGCAGCCACUGACGAUUGUGCAGUCGUCUCAACACGAAACUGCCGAGACCGAGACCGAUGAGGCUGCCCAAAGACCCUGGGACACUCUUGCGGUGAUCCUGGAUCACAAGAUUGAUUCCUAUCCGGCUCCCAUGUGGGAAGGUUACUUCUUGGAAGUCAAGGACGCCAAUAUUCAAGCUCAUACCAAGGAAAUGGAGCUGGCUAUUCGUUGUGAAGACUUUGGCAGGAUGCGAUCCAUGCUAAAGAAAGGAAGGACUUUGCAAUCUUGCAACAAGCAUGGAGAGAGUACAGUGCAUCUGGCCUGCCGCCGUGCCUCGAACAAGCUCCUCAAGUUCCUCAUGAACGAAGGUGGUGUCACGGUGCGUGUCCGCGACGACUAUGGCCGAUCCCCGCUCCAUGACACUUGCUGGAGCUACAAUGAUCGGUUUGACAUUUUCAAGACAAUUGUGGAAAAUUCCCCGGAGCUCCUUUUCGUCAAAGAUAAGAGAGGCUAUGGUCCUUUCGAUUACAUCCCGAAGCAGCGUUGGUCAGAAUGGUGUGACUUUUUGGAUCGUGAGGCUGACUUUAUGCGCAAGGUUACCAAAUGGGUCGACUUGGAGGACAUGGCAGACUACAGCAAGAGGAUGGCUGAAAGUAGUGCCAGGACUGACCAGUAGAGUUUACAAUAGAGGGUGGAUCUCAUCACACGGCCACUUGCCUGCCAAAACUACAUAAUACUUGACCCACCCUAUAUAUGUAUACUUCCUGCUAGCUAGCUCCUACUAGUACCGUACCAGAGAGAAGAGCCGCAUCC